AUGGGCUACCUGUUCUUCUUACUUUUUAUGAUCUGCUGGAUGAUUUAUGGUUGUAUUUCUUACUGGGGACUCCACUGUGAGACCACUUACACCAAGGAUGGAUUUUGGACAUAUAUUACCCAAAUUGCCACAUGUUCGCCUUGGAUGUUUUGGAUGUUUCUGAACAGUGUAUUUCAUUUCAUGUGGGUGGCGGUAUUACUCAUGUGUCAGAUGUACCAGAUAUCAUGUUUAGGUAUUACUACAAAUGAAAGAAUGAAUGCCAGAAGAUACAAGCACUUUAAAGUCACAACAACAUCUAUUGAAAGCCCAUUCAACCAUGGAUGUGUAAGGAAUAUUAUAGACUUCUUUGAAUUUCGAUGCUGUGGCCUCUUUCGUCCUGUUAUCGUGGACUGGACAAGGCAGUAUACAAUAGAAUAUGACCAAAUAUCAGGAUCUGGGUACCAGCUCGUGUAG